CACACACACCCGCAGACCGACGGGCGGCGGCAGCAUCUCGGAGCUCGAGCUCAAAGCUGUGAGGAGACAUGGACUCAUGGCCGCCGAGCUGGGACUAGAGAUGUAGUUUGCGAGGAUGCCGGCCAGCUACAUCUCUCGUUUGCUCCUCUUCGUGUCGAUCUGCGCGGCCAAAUCGCUUCCAGAUCCGGCAGCAGUCGAGGUGCAGAUUAAAGUCCAGGUGUUCGACAACAGCGACCUGUCUCCGCUGGCGGACGCUGAGGUGGAAGUCCACGGUAACCAGACCGUCUUGGCGUCCAGCAGGGCCGGCAGCGAUGGCGUCCUGAGAGUCAGCUUCCUGUACCGCACGGGAUCAUGGGUAAUCAUCACGGCCUCCAAACAAGACUACGUCACCAACUCCGUGCCCUGGCACUCCAGCCGCAUCCCCCUGUAUGCAUCAGUCAGCCUGUACCUGCUGGUCCAGAGGCCGGGAACUCUCAUCCUGUACGAUGACUUCCUGCAGGUGCUGUCUGGGUCGCCAGGAGCUCGUAACCAGCCGCUGUUGCAGCUGCAGAGGAAGUCUCUUCAGCUGCCGUCCGACUCCAACUACACGGCGCUCUCCGCCACGCUGACCACGGCCCGGACGCAGUAUGAGAUCGGCGGCUUCCCGUUUCUCCUGGGCCAAGAGACCAACAGCUCAGGUGCAGAAACAGGGUGGAUGGACCUGACAGCGUUGGCUGUGGUCUGCGUUCAGCUCUUUGACAAAGACGGCCGUGUGAUCCAGGUCUCCGACCCGGUCCAGAUCUCUGUGCCGCUGCCGUCCGACACCCGCAACAGGAUGGCCACCAGUGUGCCGGCUUGGCUGUAUCAGCCUAAGACGGGACUGUGGGUUCGGAACGGGACGGGCUACAUCAAGACGGACGGCCAUCGGUUUGUGUGGAACGUGGUGGUUCCUCAGAUGGGAUACUGGUUGGCUGCGUUUCCUUCAUCUUCAGGAUCGGGUCUGUCUCAUCCAGGCCUGAGGGACAUCACCACCUACCACACCCUGUUCCUGCUCUCCAUCCUGGGCUCGCUGGCCCUGCUGGUGCUCAUCCUGCUCUGUGUGCUGCUCUACUACUGCAGGUGUGGGGAGCGUAGGCGCAGGCGAAAGUGUUUAAAACCGCGUCGCCAGCAAGGGAAACCCCACACGCAAAAUAUAAAUGGUGCCAAGAGAGACCAGGGUACGUCCACUUCACGGCUGAAUCUGAUCUGUGGAGGCCACGCUGAGUCCGGCCCCUCUAACGACAAAUCUGACAUGUCCCCAGCUCGAGACUACCAGAGUUCACGGGAGGACCUAACCAAGCACGUUCCAGCUCACAUGCUGCGACACGCGAAAGGGAAAAACGCAUCAGGUCCCCAACGUGGCGAAAGCUUCCCCAUGAAGGUGACGCGAGCCACCGAGACCAACAACCUGGACAACCCUUUGCUGCAUGAAGACUACAACCGACACCACAGCGCCAACGAUAAUCGAGGGUACUCCUCGGAUCCCCCGUCCCCGCCUCGCUUCCAAGGGUACGUGCCGAACCAGAGUGACAAACCUCCAGAAUAUUCGGCAGCAGCUGCCGACAGCCUGGCCAGACCCACCUCCCUCAACACCCAACCAGGUCAGAUCAUCUUCUGCAGCUCCAUUGACCAGAUGAAGGAGAACAUGUACCGGAGCAUGGUGCCCACCCUAGUCAUCCCGGCCCACUACAUGCGCCUGCCCUCCGAGUUCUCCAAAGACGGCAAGGACCAGAAGGACCAAGAUAAAGACGGCGCACAGAUGGGAGGAGGCCAGCACCACCACCACUCCCAGAAACAAGGCCAGCAGCAAGGCGGAGGAUCCCAAGGGGACGACUCCGAGGAUCCGAGCUGGGCGUCUGAUUCCUCUGGCGGACCCAUGACCAUCCCGGUGCUCUUCAACGACUCCACCAUGGCUCAGAUGAAUGGGGAACUGCAGGCUCUGACGGAGAAGAAGCUACUGGAGCUGGGUGUCAAGCAGCACCCGAGGGCGUGGUUCAUCUCCCUGGAUGGACGGAACAACGCUCAUGUGCGCCACUCCUACAUAGAUGCUGGGAAUGACCUCGGUGGCGGUGGAUUCUUAGGUGGCCCCAGCAGCGCCGGCCGAGACUCCAACCUUGAGCCGCCUCUGGAGUCCCAAGAACGCAUGUUGGGAAUGAACCGGAAGGGAAAAGACGAGCGCUGGGGGACGGGAGGACGGAAGGGCCUCGGCGUCGGCAGCAGCGGUGGGAAGUGCUACUCCAAGCUGGCAUACCCCGACCACACCGAGCCCAGCAGCAGCAGCGAGGGACGCCCGGUCUCCCCCGAGGAGAACUCCCUCACCCUUCUCCUGGACGAGGGUCCGUCCUCCCGAGGGUCCACCAUCCCCAGGAGAGGACGCAGUCGCGUGAACAGCAGCCGCAGCAGCAACAGCGAGAACCGCCGCGACUCCAUGACCAGUCCUGAGGACGAUCCCGACGACAAAGACGAGAACAAGAAGAGCCCCUGGCAGAAGAUCGAAGACAGGCCUCUCAUGGUCUUCCACCCCAGGAAGUGAGUUGUGUGGACCUAAUGAAGACACUUUUAGUCUUUCAUCUUUCCACAACGAACAUGGAGGAAGAUGUUGUUCACCGAGAGAGAGAGAGAGAUCACAAUAAGCACAACCACGCUUCACUGGUUCCAUUUUCAGGUUGUUGUUUUGGCCUUUGUGUUCCUGGUGAGGUGAUUUCUCUCGUGGUCUCACUGUCUCCGUUACUCUCCCUGGUUCCCACUGAGAUGAUCUAUCGUAUCCAAUUUAUCGUGAACUCUUGACACCUAUCACAUCACUGAAAACCAUCGCCUGAGCCAUCGCACACACUGACUGUGGAAAUAGCCAUUUUAUAGAGCAAAAUAUAAGAAGGAAGCACUUGCUGAUAAUUUGAUAAUUGAUUGAUCGAUACCAAGCAUUUUGGAAGUGGAUGACCUUUUUUAUGGGAUUGGUGGGUGAAUUCGAUUUCCUUCCCUGGACUUAAAACACACCAAUGCUCACAUAGAUGGUAGAAGACGUCUCCACCUGCCCGAAACUGUAACUAGAUUAAGUUUUCUUUAAAGGAAACAGCUUCCCAAAGCUUGACUACGUAGGAAACCGGUCGUAGUGAUUAUUUUUCUUGCGCCCCUGUAAACGGAUAAUGCAAUCUCUUAAAAUCCAACGUGCGACUUGCAUUUUGCUCCUUCGGGGACGCACUUCCUCCUGUGCUAUGUUCAUGUGUUCGGAUUACUUAAUCAGAUAGUAACGAUUUGAAAUGUUGAGCAUCGUCUCUCUGAGUCUUUCCGUCAUCCCUCAUUGUCGCUGAUUUAUUGCCAAAACGUGGACUUUCUGCCUUUUUUUUCUCUCCUGCUCGUCGUUUUGGUCGACGCUGCGAUUUCCGUCGUGUAAAUAGAUUCCCAGAUGUUUAAAGGAUAAUUUUUUGGGUUUAGAAAAAGGUUUUUGCAUGCAUAUGAAUGUAUGAAGUAAUCAGAAGGCACCCAAAAGCCCCUCCCCCUCUAAUUGCCAAGAAAACGUGGGUAAGCCUAAACAGCCAAAACACCACUUUACUUGAAGACUUCCCUGUUUGAUAUUCUACUGACAUCCACGGGGGUUGUUUAUUUUCCGGACCGGGCCUGAACCACUUCUCUCCUGUAAGUGCCUUCUUUCACAUAGGAUGGAGGGAUAGGCAUACAGGUCCCUCUUUAACAUGCAGCCAGGCGUCACCGUGGCACUAAUAAGCACACUGCAUUGUGGGAGCAACAUCACGCGUCACUCUGGGGAGCAUGCCUGCCAAACGAUAACCUGACAACUUUUUUCUCUACUGGCUGUAACUGUCCUUUAAUAUCUAUACGUUUUAUUGUAUCUAUCCUCUUUUUUCACCAAACUUGUAAAUGGUACGAUGAACUAUAUGAGAUUUUAUGGUGUAAACUUCGUGCAUGUAACAUGUAGAAUAGGGUGUUUUUAAUGAUCUUCUCUUUUUUUAUUAUUGAUCCAGGAUGUUUGGCACAAAAAAAAAAGAAAAGUGAUGCACUGACGCAUUGAAUCGUGUUGCCAAAAUGAACUCGGUUUCAUGAAGAUACACUGAAUUUUCCCGUAAUCCAGUUCUAACAAAAAAAUUCACUUCCGGUCGUAAAUGUUUACAACGACGACACACUGACCAACACGCUCCUCCCGCUGAUUCUAGCGUCACCACUGCCUCAGACUGUGAAGCGAUCGUGUCAUCCAGCAGAUAAAAGCUCAACCCGUGCUUUUGUUUUUGUCGAUUAUGAAACGACGGCUGUAUAGAAGUCGUGCUGACUCGUUGGUCCUUUCCACCAUUAGCUUGCUGUUCAUAAGCCUACAGCACAAACAUGUGAUGUGAAGUCUGAAGAAAAACCACGACGCCAUGAAACGAUUCCUACUGAACUGUCCGCUGCUGUAAAUGUACGUUUGUUUGGGACCAGAUAUCAAAUUAAUAUUAAUAUUGUUAUUAUGAGUUGUGCAAUUGUGGCUUUCCUUCCUUGUUUUUGUUUCGACAUGAGAGAACCUGUUUUCUCAGUAGAUUCUUUUGUGGACAAGAGAUUUACUCAAGAACUGAAUCACAGAGAGGACGUGUUAAAGUUUUUAACUGAUGGUACAAAUACACGCGAGGGUGAGGGGGAGGAGGGAACUGUAGGCCUUCAUCCUGUGCAGUAAAUCAUUUGCUUCAUAAACCUGGUCAGCUGUUUGUAAACUGUAAAUUGAUUCUUUCUGUACAUGAGACAAAAUAGAAAUAAAUGUGUUCCCACGGUCA